CAAUUUCAAGUAAUGAAUAUGAUAGAGAGGUUCAAUCAGGAAAACUACGAGAACAUGAAGCUAGUCAAAUUCCAGCAGAAUUUAAUGAGAUGAAUAAUAUUUUAGAAAUAUGCAAUUGGCUGGUAAAACAUCCAUCUAUAUUGCAAUUAGCCAACCAAAUGUAUAUGGCAUCCUCAUCAUUAAUAGAAAAUGUUAGAACUUUUAAUGAAUCUGCACGUAUAUGGGAUGAAGAAAUAAAAUGUCUCUUUCUUAGAGCAAGAUUUUCCUCAGCAACAUGUAUCGAUGAAUUUGUUAAGAAAAUAUUUGGGUAUCCACUCUAUUCUAAAGAAGGAACAGAGAUUCGAACUAAAACAAAAAAUACGUUAAGUGAUUUUUGGCACAGACUUAAUCAAUCAGUAUUGGGUCAUGUGUAG